AAUAGGACUUUGAACACACACAACUUGCUAAAAUCACAGAGGAAUUUCAACAGCGACCAUAAGGGCAGGAAUUGUUUCCAUGAGAAACACAAAGAAGAGACAGAGGAAAGAGAACAAUGUGGAAAGCAGCAGUGUCUGUGUUCCUGCUACUAAACAUGGAUAUACAGGUGAAUGGUGCUGUAGAUAAGACGAGGGGGUCUGUGGUAGAAAACUCCAGGACAGAGAAGAAGGUGAAGACAGAAGAGGCUGAAGCCAACAACAACAUUCCUGCAAGUGACACUGCUUCUUCAGGUUUUUUGGGCAACUUGCUGGUGAUACCCAUGGAUGGGAGUCACUGGGUGGGUAUUAAGGCCAUUGCCCAAGAAAUGGGUCGUCGUGGACACCGGGUUACAGUGGUGAUUCCAGAGAUCAGCAUGCGGAUGGGCCCAGGGAAACACUACGACACUGUGACCUAUCCUGUUCCUUAUGACAAGGCUCAUAUGGAUUCUGUCAUGGCCUCACACAAGGACAUGAUGGAAAAAUCUGCACAGUAUUUCACGGAGAAAAUAAGGAUUGGAUUCUCAAAAUUCCAGAAAAUUACAGGCUUUAUCCACACCACAGCAGAGAGCCUACUGUUCAAUGUCAGUCUGAUCUCACAUCUGGCACAGCAGAACUUUGACGCAGUCCUAACAGACCCUGUGGUGCCCACAGGCUCAUUAAUAGCUCUGAAAUUAGGUAUCCCUACUAUAAAUUUGCUGAGGGGGAUUCCAUGUACCUUGGAUAUGAAGUCUGCAGGCUGCCCCUCCCCGCCCUCAUAUGUGCCCCGCUUGUUGACCAGAUACACAGAUAAAAUGAGCUUCCAGGAGAGAGCUUUCAACACUUUGGUGGUUUUAUUGGAGCCGUUGUUAUGCCGACUGUUGUUUUGGCACUUUGACCAAAUAGCCUAUCAGUUUCUGGGAGAGGAGGUGGGCAUAGCUGAAGUGCUGUCAGAGUCUGCUAUCUGGCUGCUGAGGAUGGACUUCACACUGGAGUUCCCACGUCCUAUCACGCCUAAUGUAGUACUAGUUGGUGGAAUCAACUGCAACGUGAGACACCCUCUUCCUGAGGAUCUGGAGUCCUGGGUGUCAGGAGAACAUGGGUUUGUAGUGUUCACCCUGGGCACCAUGGUGUCAGAUCUGCCAGAAGAGACAACCUCCGUCUUCUUAGAAGCUUUCAGACAGAUUCCACAGAAGGUUAUAUGGAGGUACACUGGGCAGGUUCCCAACAGUUUCCCAGAAAAUGUGAAGUUGAUGAAAUGGGUGCCUCAGAAUGACCUACUAGCACAUCCUGGAGCUCGGGCUUUCAUCACUCAUGCUGGCUCUCAUGGUCUCUUUGAGGGACUGUGUCACGCUGUUCCCAUGGUGAUGAUGCCAAGGGGGGACCAGCCUGACAACGCGGUGAGGUUGGCGAGCAGAGGAGCUGGAGUCGUGUUGGAUAUUUAUUCGAUCACUACAGAGAGCCUUCUUCAGGGACUGAAUGAGGUCAUCAAUGACACCAGGUAUAAAGAGAACAUGCAGAAGCUGUCAGCUCUCCAUAAAGACCGGCCAGUUGACCCACUGGACCUUUCAGUGUACUGGACAGAAUUUGUGAUGCGGCACAAAGGGGCAAAACAUCUCAGACCUGCUGUCCUUGACCUCAACUGGCUCCAGUACUACUGCCUGGAUGUAAUAGCAGUACUGGCUACUCUAGUGCUGUUUUUUGUAAUACUGACAGUACAGUGCUUGAAACUAUGCUUCUGGAAACUGAGCAGGAAGAGGAAGCAGGACUAACCUUCUGCUACAUUUGCACCUUCAUCCCAGCAAUAACACUGUAUGUAAGAGAGAUUAAAAACCCAUCCUGGUCAUAAAAAUAUUAAUGCAAAGUUAAGUCAGUUAUGGUUUAAAUAUGCGACAAGGAGUACAAACACUUAAGGAAACCAGGGUUUCUUGUGCACAUUUCCAAAGAAGUUUCCAAGUGAUCACAUUACCAGAAAACAACUGUUGGUUGCUAAUCCACACCAUUUACACAAUGCCUUUACAUGUUUUAACAUACUGAAUCAGAAAUCUAGAGAAACAAGCUUGAUAAGGAAUAGGUGUCAUAUUAAGAUACUUCAGGACUCUAGGACUGUUUAUAAAAGCGGUGUUGGUUUAAUGAAUAACAAACGUGUGACCUCAGUGAUGAUAAAUUAAUGAACCUUUAGGUACUGGUUCUAUGGAUGUAAGUGAUAUCUCCACAGGUUGUCUGGUAAGAACAGGAAAGAUGGUGAUGUAAACAAAUGCAGUCCAUAGUACACACACUCAUUGACAUGCCAUUCAUUUUUGGUAGUUUUGGAAUAUCCCAAUGUGAAUGUGAUUACUACGAUAAAGGGAGUAAACAGAGAACAUGUACAGACAUUAAUUAUAUGCUGUAAUAAUAAAUAACAAACAGUAGAAUGGAUGCACUUCCUCGUAUAAACUUUUACCUGUCUCUGGUUCUCCUUGCACCCCCAAAGGGGUAUUGGGAAAAAUUGCAUUCCCUCAUAUCUAAAUUUGUAUAGAAUGGGAAGGGACCGCGCUUGAAACUAAAAACCCUUCAACGAGAUAGGACACAGGGAGGAUUAGCUUUACUUAAUUUUAAUGGUUUUUUUUGGUCUUUUGUUCUUCUUUGUUCUAUGGUUUAAUCCAAAUGCUUCGUUGUCCUGGAGACCAAUUGAAGAGAACCUUUCACAACCUCAUAGACUACAAGACCUUGUGGUCCAAUAUACCAACUAAACAGGUUAAAAAACUGCUAGGUCCUCUGAUUUCCUUUUUGCUCAUAACUUGCGGUUCUGUAAUGAGACACGUUGGAGUAGAUCUUAAAUGGCAUAAGCAUUCCCCUGUAUUUAAUAACUUUUCUCUUCUUAGCACCAUUUUCUUUUCCAAUGUAAGUGUUGUAAUAGAACCAGCAGGUGGCCAGUUAUUUGUGACGUAAUUUUGGAGACAUAUAGGCUAUAUAAUGAUGAAGCUAGUGAAUAUCUUUGUUGUAUAGGUGUUGCACUUUGUAGACGGACCCUGCGCACUUGUCUCAUAUGGCUGCUCGGAGGGGAGGACGACCCAUUUUGAUGAGAUAAGGUUGAAGCUC